UGAUUUUUUUUAGUAAUGGAAUCAAAUCUAGUUCUCUUGGAAAGAUAAGUUCACUUUGAUUUAUAACAAAUAAAACAUUUUUUACAAUUCGAAUUAAAAUUGAUAUCUAAAUUUUGAAAGAACCAAGGCUUCCAGUGAUUUUUAUUUUGUAGUUUCUAUUAUUCAACCUAGGGGUUAAAACAACUUCCUUUUUAUUUGGACCUUUUCCAGAUAAGGUGUUAUCUACUUUGUCAAAGGACCUACCUUGGCUUGCAUUUAGUUCGUAGAUUAUAACUACGGGUAAUGACAUAUUUGAAAAGGUAAUUGUUUUUUGAAAUUUAAAUAUAAGCCAUCUGUGUCCCCAUUCCUCAAAAUACAUGGAUGUCCUUUAUUAUUUUAGAUAACAUAUCAUCUUUAUGAUCAUGUGUAGGGUUAUUACACAUCAUCCAUGGUUUUAAAGCGGAGGAGCUUUCGAUCCUUCAAGAAGAACAUGAUUAAUUGGGCCAAGAAUGGGCCUAAGCCUGUUUUAACAGGCCCAUACCUCCCUCUUGCUUAAAAUCUAAGCUCAAUCGGUUUAUUCUUAAAUUAACCAUAUACUUUGAUUGAUAUUAAUUUAUAAUCAAGGAUGUCGAGUUCCUGGUUGGACUGAGUCUGAUCUCACGAUUACUCUUCUUUUUUUGUUUUUGUUCAGAAAAAUUUAGGAAUAAUAAUAAUUUGAAGAUAAGGGUUGUUCAGAUGCUUAAAGAUGAAGCCAUGUUAAAUUUAAAUAAUAAUAAUAAUAAUAAUAAUAAUAAUAAUAAUAAUAAUGAUUUAAAAGAAGAAGGAGAAGAGGAAGGAGAAGGAGAGGAAGACUUUAUGAAAAAGACGGUUUUCGUUGGAGGAAGGUUUGUGUAAUAAAUGGAAAAAGCCGUUGCUGAAAAAGUAAAAAGGAAAAAAAGAAAGGACCAAAGGGAAAAAAUUGAAGAGAAAAGUUUAUCCGAACCCACACCUGUCCAUCGAGGCUCAUUGGGCAGCUUAAAACGCGGUCUUUUUUACAAGAUUACGACGCUGCCCGAUCUGCCCGAUACCGGACUGGAAAAUUACGGGCAGUCGGUCUCCAGUAAUCGCACUCGCUUCUCUCACUUCCCCCUCUCACCUCUACCCCUUCCCUCUCGACUCUCAACCCCCCCCCCCCUUCUCUGAGUGCCGCCGAUAAUUCUAUAUCUUCGUUUCUCUUUUGUCUUUUCGAUCUCGAUCCGACGGUCCACAAUGAACCUUCCUUCUCCUGCUUCUUUUCUGUGGUUUUAGAUCCCCAUACCUCCAGAUCUACCAUCUCUCUGCUCUGAUCUCUCUUCUCGGGAACAGUCGCCGCGCGAAUGGAGAUAGCCAAUGCUUCAUUAGGUGUCACGCUCGGUGAUGGCUCACUGGCAUGCGCCAGUAAUUGUUUAGCUGCUUUACUAGCUUCGGCUCUGGUCAACACCCAGCGCCUGGCUCAGGAUUCUCUCAGUGCAUUUCUGAUCAAUCCUGAGAUGAAAGGAGAUAGUCACACCCUGUGCCCAUCGUCCGCACCGCUUGAUGCUGGAGAAGAUGGUGAUGAUGACGAUGAAGGUGAUGGGGAUGGCGACUUGAGUGAAGGUGAAGGUGAAGAGGAUUUAUCAUCUGAAGAUGGAGAUGACUACACCAACAACCUCAACGAUAAUAACAAAAAUACUAAUUCGAAGAAGAAUCCAGAGAGUGGAGCUGGUGGGGCGGAAGAGAAUGGAGAGGAAGAAGAAGAGUUUGAUGGGGAGGAGGAUCAAGAUGAUGAUGGUGAUGAUGAUGGUGAUGACGAUGAUGGCGAUGAGGAUGACGAGGACGACGAUGGUGAUGAGGAUGAAGAUGAUGAUGGUGGAGAGGAUGAAGAUGAAGUAGCAGAUGACGAUGACGAAGAGGAUGAGGACGAAGACGAGGAAGCACUCCAGCCUCCCAAGAAGAGGAAGAAGUAAAAGAAAAUUAGGGAGAUGAAAAAGCGGACAUAGACACUCUUCAUAUGUAGCUUUGUUCCCCCGACUUUUGGGUUUUUUUUUUUUUUUUUUUUUUUUUGUUAAUUUUUAUUUUAGCUUCUUGAGAACGUUUGUUUAGGAUGUGUUCCAAAUUAGUAAUUAUGUCUCCGCUGCAUGAUUUCAGAGUACCUUUGAACUUUUUUUAGCUGCAGCAGUGAUAAACGGCGAUUAGUUUCAAUGCUUUUAGUUAAUUUGAUAAUGGAAGGAGUUCACUUUUCGCUGCCCCAAA